GCCUUUAACGAUGAAGGAAACCCUCUGUUUGUGACCGGACUGAUGGAGAAAAGUCUGCGAGCUCUGUUAGAACAGCGACAACUCGUUGAAAAAGAAAGACGCGUGAUUUCUCUGGAUGUAGCCCGAGCAAUUAACUACCUUCAUCAGAAGAAACCAAACCCAAUCAUUCACCGGGAUGUGAGCAGUGCUAAUGUGUUGCUAUGGCAACUGGGUGACCAAUGGAGAGGCAAAGUGUCAGAUUAUGGCACUGCUAAUUUCAUGCAGCAGACCAUGACAGUAGCUCCUGGAGCUAUGAUUUACAGCGCUCCUGAAGCACUUACA